AUGACCAACAAUGUAUCGGUGGGGAGUCUUGGGAAAUAUCCUGUUUUAAGAGACAGUGCACACAUCUACCCACUGUCUGCUUUACAUGGUCCCGUUUCUCUCCCAAGAAACCCAUACUCACCCAGUCUCGACACCGCCCCCGCAACCACCCACAAGACCGAAACUCUUAAUGUUGCCACCCGUCGAGUCGAGCCGUGUCUGAGUUGUAUAUAUUAUUCAUCACUAGUCCCUGAAUUCCGCGCCGUGAAAAUAUUGAAUAUAAACAAUCAGCAAGUCAAAGAAAAAGUGGGACGGAGAACCGUGGAAUGGUCUCCGCUUUCUCCUCUACCGUCUCCUCGUUUCUCUCUCUCUUUCUCUCUCUACCUCCCUCCCUCCCUCCCUCCCCCUGAGAUAUCUCCCUUUAAAUCUUUCGGAUAUAGCCACCUUCAUCCCCUCUCAAUCACUCUUAAUCACCUCUCUCUCUCUCUCUCUCUCUCGCUCUCUCUGAGACAUUCGUUUUUCUCUUUUUAUCUGACAAUUUUCUCACUCUCUCUUUCUCACCCAUCUCCCUCUCGUUAUCACUUUCCCUCUUUCUUCCUAUACUCUCCCUUUCUUCCACUAUCAUCUUCUCUCUCUUCCAGUAACAUCAUCUUCCUUCAAGUAUCAUCAUCUCUUUCUUUUCCAAGCAUCAUUCUCUUUCUUCCUCUUUCUUUGAAUAUCUUCUCUAAUUUAAUCUUUAAUUUCUUCAUUUUUCCAUUCUAUUCGAAUCUUCUUUUCUGUCACCACCUCAACUUGAAGCAGCAGGUAUUCUUAAAUUUGUCAUCGUUCGAUCCGUUACUAAUAAAAUAA